AUAUAAAACGACAUGAUCAUUGACUUUCGAUGAUUUGGAAAAAAUUAAAGCCAAAGAUAGCAACGCGUACACAGUCGUUGUUAACAACUAACAGAAUAAAAUAUUACGUUCAUCAUCAAGUUAGUGUUUUUGCAGGACUGAAUUAUACAAAAAAGGAAGUUUAAAUAUGUCGAGAGCGAGCUUAAAAAUGAUCCAAAGAAAAGUGCAGCGACAAGCAUUGCCACAAGUGACUCAUUUCAAUUUUCCCGAGAGCUCCUUGUCCGACUGGACUGCGCAACAUGUGUCGAACUUUUCUUCAAAACAAUUGUCUGACCGCGUGAGAUACCGGAGCAAGAGAAUGAUACUGGACAUCAUAGGAGUCGGUCUGAUUGGGUCUACAACAUCCUUCUCCAAAACAAUUCAACAUUUUGCAGAAACAACUGACAGAAUCAGCGACAAGGAGCCGGCGCUUAUUUGGGGAACGUCUAACAAACGCACUCGGCCAGGUAUGGCGGCGUUUAUAAACGGAUCCAAUUGUCAUUCGAUGGACUUUGACGAUACUUGGCACCCUGCUACUCAUCCCAGCAGCCCUAUUCUCCCUGCCUUGUUUGCACUGGCAGACUUUCUUCCAGAACAGUACAAACCAUCACUUGAGGACAUUCUUGUAGCGUUUAACUGUGGAGUCCAAAUACAAGGAGUUUUAUUACGGUGUUCAUUGCAGUCUAAUAAUAUUCCUAACAGAUUACAUCCCCCAGCAAUAGUUGGUGUAAUGGGAAGUGCUGCUGCCUCUGCGAAUCUUUUAGGUCUGGAACCCAAGAAAUGCCUACACGCAUUAUCUAUUGCAGCCUCGUUUGCUGGUGCUCCAAUGGCAAAUGCUGGAACCCUUGCCAAACCUUUACAUGCUGGCAAAUCAGCCCGAUGCGGGUUAGAAGCAGCUUUUCUGGCAGAUCAAGGAAUCGAAGGAAACGAGCGUAUUCUUGACAUGGAAUCUGGCUUUGGGGCAUUUUUCACCGACUAUGAUCCAUCCACUUUUUUUCAAGAAUUACAAACUUCUGAAAACCUAAUUCUGCACCACCAGGACAUAGCUAUCAAAAGUUAUCCCUGUCAUCUUGGGAUGCACUGGGCCAUCGAGGCAUCACUUCACGUCAGAAAACAAAUUGUAGAUCUUUAUGGAAACAUGGAUGCCAGUUUUGUAAAAUCCAUUGAAAUCUUUGCUCCAAAAUCCAAAUAUAUUAACAGACCGGUACCAUCGUGCGAACACGAGGCAAGACAUUCGUUUCAAUUCACUGCUAAUUCAGCAUUAAUAGACGGAAAAGUAUCUCCUGAAACUUUCGUCUUUGGAAAUAUUGAAAAAGAGAGAAAAGAAUUGUUCACUUUAUUACAGAAGACAACCAUUGUUCACAGAGCCGACAAUAAGCCUUGCUUUGACACAAUGUACGUCGAAGUUACUGUUACUCUACAAAACGGAGAGAAAUUUUCUGCCAGAUGUCUUGAACCAAACGGACAUUGGAGAAAACCUUUAACAGACAAAAGUUUGAAAAAGAAGUUUUUAGCAAACUCAAGGUUACUUCCUGAACACCAGCAGACGAAAAUCAUUAAACUUGUUAGCAAGAUGUCAUCUUGUGAUUCGACUGAUGGUCUGCUGGAGUUACUUAGAACGAACAUAUAAUUGUCCUAGAAGAUUCACUAACUUUAAAAACAAAACUUGAUAAACUCUUUUGUGCCUGUAAAAUGUUUGUUUUAUUAUGAUUUUUAUUGUUACAAAAAAAAGUCAUGGUUAUCUGUGUGCAUAUGAAUAUUCGGUGUUUUCUUAUUGCAUUAUAUUGUCUCAUUGAAAUGUAUAUCGUUAAGAUAACUAUCAUUCAUCUUUUUAUUUUGAAUAUUUUAGAUUGUUUAGAAAAUUGUUUUAGAUGCAACAAUAUAAAAUUCAAUCGUAAAAUACUUUUAUUUACUUUAACUUAAGCAAGGAAAGCGUUUGGUAUGAUUUUAAUAAAAAGAUUUCAAUCUUCAAUCCGUUAUCAACACUUUUUAUUAUGUUUUACUGCUUGUAAAUCAGAAAGCUCAAAAUGGCAAUAUUGAUUAUUGUAUACUUGGAACUCUCUCUGAAAGGUUGUAAAUUGUAAAAUAUGAAAUAAGAAAUGAACAUUGUACACAGUAUCAGAAUAAAAUGUACUAGAGGGCGAUCUGGCCCUUUGUACAUUCAGGUGUUAUACGGCAGAAAGAACUGUGACUGUGACUGGAAGCAAGUCCUUCCGCAUAGUAUCGCACUGUAUUUCGCUUUUUAUAUUUUCUGUAAUCAUAUUUGUCAAAUCCUAUUAUAUUCGUAAAUUGCAGAUAAAUUAUGACUGAGAAAUGUAAUAUAUACAUAUAUUACAUAUAUUUUACAAUAAAUCUUUACAUAAGAAAUAUGAUAAAUUCGCACUGUUAAGAUAUAUGUGUGUAAUAUCUACUAUGAAUAUAAUGAUAUUACUUUAUUUAUUAACUUUCUUUUGUAAAAAUAUAAACGUAUAUGUAUCAUCAUUUUUUGGUACAGAAUUACCGAUCCAGGGAGCCCUUGGCACCCCAGGCGAGGUAUAUAAUGAGGGAUGUUGCCUCAAACAAAUGUUGUAUGUAAUUUCAAAUAAAACAUUAGAAAAAUG